UAUAUUCCGUCUCUAUGAAGAUGACUGUGAUAUAAUUAUCUUUCAAGAUGGUCUACUAUUGGGGAAAUGGUUACGAAACCUAGCCAAGGAAAUAGCGUCAAGUGAGCCAAUGUCCAAUCUGUAUAUACCCUGAGUUAAAAAUAGAGCCGCAGCCGCCCUUGUGUGACAAGUACAAUAAUCAAAGAAGAUCACGCAAUAAAACGAUAUAAUUGGAUAUUGACCAGACAAAUAAUUACACCUGGGAACGAAUGAUACCAGAAAGAAAAUACUAGUUGAAUAAUUAAGUUACACUGAAUCAGAAAGCUCUAUACACAACAUGAGCAGACAUGCACAACACAUGCAACAGGCGCUCAAGAAUGCAGAAAGAAAUAAAAAGAAAAGGGGACAGCUGAUCAGCCACCCAGACGACGAUAUGAUAAACCCUGGAAUCUAUCUUGUGGUUGUUUUCAGACCGCAGGAUUAUUGCUUCGCUUCUGCUUCCGCUUCUGCUUCCACUUCUAUCUCUUGUCUCUUGUCUCUUGUCUCGUUUCUAAUUGCUUGGUUUCUGGUCACACCGCAAUUGUUCGCUUCCCACCGUCCUCUUCUCAAUUUCUUUUAUGUUCUUUUUUUUCUUUUCUUGCUUUGAAAGAAUCACUAGCCCUCUGCAUGCCUCGUGGUCGAAUUUUCAUUUUCAUUUCAUUUUUUUUUGUGGGGGUAUGAGCCGGUCAGGUUUCCUUAAGCCUCCCGGCCUUUCUCUCCUCCCCAUGAGAUUGAGCGCUGAUGCGCGGAGCUCGAG